CACAACAAAUGUAACUCACUCUCAAUCACGGAAGGUAUUUUAAUACAUUGAUGCAUCUUGAACGUCGAUUUGACCAGGUUCUAUCGCGGAUCUACCAAUCAUCCUAUCAGCCUCUCCAAUCUCGACACAGAUAUUUCAGCCAACAUCUCACAUCCCACCAAUCACUCGGCAACAUUAUCCACAUUUCAACCGACUCAUCAAGUACCCCAUAUCUCAAUCAUCGUCAUCACCAAAAGAAGCUUCAGCGAAAUACCCAGUAAUAUAAUCUUCAAAAUGCCAAACCUUCCUGCAAUUCCCUCUCCAACCUGCCCCUUCUGCAGCAUCGCCGCCGCAUACCCUCCCAUCCCUCCAUCAUCCGCCAUUCAAAAGGUUCCGCCCCGCCCAGGAAGCACAGAAUCUUCCCAUGCAUUCCUGAUCCUGUCUACGCAACAUGUCCUUGCAUUUUUGGAUAUUAUGCCCUUGGCGAGAGGGCAUAUUUUGCUCACGAGCAGGAAUCAUUGGGAGAAAGUUGGCGACGUCGGAGUUCGGGUCGGCGAGGAGUUUGGUAAAUGGCUCCCGGUUCUCUCAAGGACAGCCAUGCGAGUUAUAUUCGGUGCCGAAAGUCUUGCAGAAGAACAACAUUGGAACAUUGUUCAAAAUAACGGCGAAAGAGCAGCCCAGGUGGUUCCUCACAUCCAUUUUCAUAUCAUUCCUAGGCCACCGCUUGGGUCGCCUGGAGCGAUGACUAAAUCGCCGAGUUGGACGAUGUUUGGUCGAGGGCAGAGGGAAGAGUUAGAUGAUGAAGAAGGGGAAGAGCUUGCUCGACGGCUAAGAGAAGAGCUCGCGAGGGAAGUUGGGCGGGUGAAGCAGGAAGAAGGUAUUGAUUUAGACGUCGAUAUAGAUCAUAAGUUAUGAUGACUGUGAGUCUGUUUCUCAUCGUCAGCUGAUGAUAAUUUACCUUGCAUGUAUUUGAGCAGCUUCGAUUCGCCCCAUGCCGUUUUCAAAUGUUAUAUUGAGAGAGUGUCCUAUCGUACAUAUAUAUCGAUUGAUGUAACAUCAAACAAAACUAUGAGUCUACCUACAUCAAUGGAUAAAACUGAGCCCCCGGAGCCCACGGGUACUACUCAGUGAGCUAUCCUUGUACAAUCCCAA